AUGGUGCUGUUUGGUGCCAAUGCAACAGGCGAGGACAAGCUUCCCUUGUUGAUACCGGGGAAGGCGGAGAAGCUGCGGUGCUUCAGAAAUGCAAUGAUUCCCAUGGAAUGCAUCUACAGAAGUAACAAACGGUUCGACGCAAAGAAUCGGCAAAUGGUUUUUAUAAUUGACAUUUGUCUGAGCGACGGCAAGAUCGACAACCUCAAGGCGGUCGCUGUGGAAUUUUUGCCUGCACACACAGCCGCGGUACUGCAACCAAUGGAUCAGGGCAUCAUUGAGACCACCUGGAAGCCAAACCGCAAGGCUCUUUUGCAGCGCAUGCUCAGAGCGUAUGAGACCAGCAAGAGGUCACCAACUGCUUUGCGCACGCCGGCUUUUCCCACGCCGUUGUCAGUGACCCUGACGAUGACCAACCUUAUGAUGACCAGACUUGAACAGUACAAUGCUGUUCCUGAAAUUGCGGGCCUAAAGGUAGAAGGUGACUUUGAGACAUUCGUUUUGGCUGACACUGCGUCUCCCGUGGUCACCCCAGCGAUGUAUGCGGAGAUACGAAUUGACACUGUUGGUGGCCCCGACAAGGACGAAGAGCCGGUGGAGGAAGAGCCAUGUGAAGUGCCAACUAUGGUGCAGACGCGGGAGUAUCUGUGCCUGCUACAAAAUAAGGUUGAAUGCAUGGGCGGCCUCGUACAAUGCUUGGUCAAAUCAGAGCAGGAGUCGCUCAUGCCCGAUUGGCCACCAGCUUCAACGCAGAUGCUUCGGCGGUCCCUGGGAAAUGGUGCGGAGUUGCCAGCAGGGGCCUCGCGGUACCAGUGUCGCUUGUGCCCGUAUGCAUCGAAGUGGCGAAGCAGCCUGGUGCUGCACGAGCGGGUGCACACGGGCGAGCGGCCGUUUCGGUGCCACCAGUGCAGCCGUGCAUUUGCAGGCCGCACAGACAUGGUGCGCCACCUGCGCACGCACACCGGCGAGCGACCCUUUCAGUGCCCGCUGUGCCCGGCCACUUUCACACAGCGCGGCAAUGCCCGUGCCCACCACCUCCGCUUGCAUGGCCGGUCAACACCAGUGGCUCGACGUGACAGGCUUGCCCACUCUGCCUUUGACCGCAUGAAGCAUUGA